AAAGCUUUUCUAUUUUGUGUCUCCAUGGAGGUGGCAAUCAUCACUCUUGAGGUUGCUUUGAGAUUCGUUUUGGUGCCAUGUGCCACUUCCUCCAACAUAUGUUUCUUGUGUUUAGUUGUGGCAUUGGGUAUUUCCUCUUUGGGUUGGGUUAGGUCCACACCAUGACAACUUUUUAGACAUAGGCCUGCCCCCCUAGUAGCUCUCUACCCGAGUAAAAAUGUCAUGCAGCCUCGAUUUUCGACCCAAUCAAGUGCUAUUGUUACAUAAGGUGAUGCACUCUUCUUCAAAAUCCCGUUCCAUAGUUAGAGAGUUCUCAAUGUUCCCUGCUUCCCCCGUUUUGCAUUCUGAUUGUGGGGAACCGGUAGUUAGGAGAUUUUCUACCGAUCCAAGAGAUCAUGGGCGCCCUUUCCUUCGCUGUCCAGUGGGGUACGUGAGAGGGAACGAGGAAGAUCUGGUGGACGAGGAUCCCAUGGCGGAGAGUGUUCUCAACUGCAACACAUGGAUGUUCGAGGAAUCGCUCAUCCGAUAUGCUCGCGAGGUCGAGCGGCUGUGCAUCAUGCAAUCCGUCACCGAGGUCCAUGACCCAAUCGGACAUGGAGAGAGCUCGUCAUCGUUUUCCGGGCGUCUCCAGAUUGAGAAGAGCAUGAACACACCGCCCCGCAGGGUCUGUGCUCUCUACGCGAUGCCGUUUGUCGCAGGAGUUGGUGCCUGAAGCAUUAUA